AUGAGUGGUACAAAAGAGAUGUCUUUUUCAUUGAAAAAAAACUUUUUUUCACUAAAAUACAGUUUAUUAUGUUUAAUUAUUGGUAUCAUAGUCGCAUAUAUUUUAUUACAAGAUGAAGGAAAUUCAAUAAAAAAAGAUGGAUUUAGAAAACUUACAAAUACAAAUAUCCCAUAUAAAGAUAUAUCAACACCAAUACCUAAUUUUUAUGAACAAAAUGAUAUAACAAAUUUUUUUGCUGUUGUAAUAGAUGCUGGUUCAACAGGUACCAGAUUACAUUUAUUUCAUUCAAUACAUGAGGGAACAACUAUUAAUCCAACAACAUUUACUAUUGAAUCAGAAACAUUUUUAGAAGUUAAACCAGGCUUAUCUAAUUUUGCAAAUAAUCCUAAAGAAGCAGCAUUAAAAGUAAAAAUACUUAUUGAGAAAGCUCAACAAACAAUACCAAAACACUUAUGGAAGGAUACUCCAGUAACAUUUAAAGCAACAGCGGGUUUAAGACUACUUAAAGAUAAUAAAGCAAAUGAUAUUUUAGAAAAAGUUUCUGAAGUAUUAAAAGAUUCUGGCUUUAUAUUAUUUGAAAAUUCAGUAAAUAUAAUGCCUGGUAUAAAUGAAGGAGUAUAUGCAUGGAUAACAUUAAAUUUUUUAACAAAUCGUGUUGAAGGAGUUGUUUUUAAUAAUAAAACAGAAAAAUUACCAAUUAUAGAUAAAAAUUCAACAGCUGCAACAAUGGAUUUAGGAGGUGGAUCAACACAAUUAACAUUUUUACCAAAUGAUUUAUCUAUUUUUGAUAAUAUUAAAAAUAAUAUUGAUGAUUAUAUAUUUAAAACAAAUUUUUUUGGCAAAAAUAUACAACUUUAUUCACAUAGUUAUUUAGGUAAUGGUCUUGUUGCUUCAAGAUUAGGAGUAUCAUUAUUACAUGAAAAAUCUAAUGAAAAUUAUUUAAAAACACCAUGUUUACCACAUAAUUUUAAUCUUGAAAAAUGGAAUUAUGGUGAUAAUAAUUGGACAGUAAAUGGUGUUAUUGAUUCUAGUUUUGAUAAAUGUUUAGAAUUAAAUAAAAUUUAUAUUGAACAAAUAACUGAAGUUAAACCAAUGAAAGAAUUACUUGAAAAAGAUAUAUUUGGUUUUUCUUAUUUUUAUGAUCGUGGUUUACAAGCUGGUUUAAUUCCUAAUUGUAAUAAACAACUUGGUGGAUAUGUAAAAGUUAUAGAUUAUAAAAAUGCAGCAAAACAAAAAUGUACAAUGAAGAAAGAAGAUAUAGGUCCAGAACAUUGGAAACCAUGGCAAUGUCAUGAUUUAACAUAUAUUUAUACAUUAUUACAUUAUGGAUAUGGACUUCCAGAAGAUAAAAAAAUUUAUUUAGCAAAAAAAUUAAGAGGAAUGGAGAUGUCAUGGGCUUUAGGUGCUUCUUAUGAUCUACUUACAACAUACUAUAAAAAACAUAUAUUUUAA